CCCCCAGAAAAAAAUUUCAAUUUCCACCACUGCGCGUUCUUCUAAUUUUUCUAUCUUCUGCAAUGAUUUGGAAAUGAAAAGUACCAAACCAAACCAAGAGGCAGUAAUAGAAAUUCGAAAAUACAAAACUCUGAACUAGGAUCUUUUUCUCCUGAAACAAAAUAAACGUCUUUUAUCUUUUGAGAUCAUUUAAUUGUGUUGCAGCUUUUUUGCAAAGAGUCGAAAUAUGUCGGUCGAAAUCAAGUCUAUAGUCCAAAAUUUCACCUAAAAGUUUCACAGUCUCCUCAAAUUUGAUUAUUUUACCUCCAAUGUUCAUCCGUUCUCCACUAGUAUUUUUUUGGUUUUUUCUGAGCAGUAAAGCAUAGAAUUUUUCAGGGUUGGAAAUCAUUUCAUUUUGUUCUAGCCAGGUUAAAGCAACUCCGGUUUCUAUUUCCAAAAUAUUGACAAGAUCGGGUAUGCUUUUGGAGAAAUAAGCGAGAGUAUUAUCAUCAGCAUAAUUAUAGAUAGUUGCCUGUUUUAUGAAAAGGAAGAAAUAGUUUAUAUAAAAAUUAAACAGGAUUGGGCCCAGCAUAGAUCUUUGGGGUACACCAGAUAUGACCUCUAGAAAAGAACUGUAUGUAUUAUUUAUCCGAACGUUUGUUUUCGUUGCUUAAGAUACGAAUAGGUUAGGCAAGUGCAUCUUCAUCGAAACCAUAUGCAUAUAGUUUGGCAAUUACCAAGUCAUGUGGAAUGCAAUCAAACGCUUUGGAAAGAUCCAUCAGGACUGCUUCUACAAAGUAGUCAAGGUAGUCAAGGUCAGACCUCCAGUCUUCUAUCAGCCGUAUUAAGACAUACCGGGUGCUAAAUGCUCGUCUGUAGGCCCAAAUAAAAACAGAAAGUGUGUUAUCUAAGUGUUGAAUCAGUUGUUGCUUCAGGAUCUUUUCAUAUAUCUUAGAAAAGGUGUUAAGAACACUAACUAGACGGAAAUUCCUUUCCACUGUACGAUUUGGCUCCCCCUUAUUUACAAAGCAGACCGCUGCCUUAUUUGCAUCGUCUGGGAAUCUAGUAUUUCGUAUGCUGCAGUUUAUUGCCAUAGUUAAUGCGGCUGAGAGUUCAUUAGAAGCUAGCGAUACGAGCUUCGGCGGUAUCUGAUCAUCUCCAGUAGAGGGGUUUUCUUCCAUCCAGGGAUUUUAGUAGUUCCAUAACUUCUUGAUUGUUGACUUCAUGAAAGGAAAAUGUGUUUGAUACUUGUUCAUGCUUUUGAAUGAUAGCUAGGAUGCUAUGGUGGAUGCUGUUAUACUUGUCCAGAAUUAAUCCAACAAUUUGGCGGUCAUCGAAAAUUCCAGUCUCAUUAGCGAGGUUAACAAGCUUCUUACUACUGGAUUUCUCAACUAUGUUUACAUCGAAGAUCUCUGUCAGCUUCUGGUCAUUUGCUAUAACAGUGUCGUUUUUUACAAAACUACUAUCGUGUUUCAUCAUGGCAUUGACGAAAACUCGAAACUUUAAGAGCUUCAAGACAGAGUUGCUAGAACCAUAACGAAUAGCAGUUUUGAUGACUCUAAAGAACCUCUGAUACAAAAGCUAGCCUUGAAAACAGUCAAUUACAUGAUUAACCACGAUAGUAAAACGAUUGUGCAAUCCAGCCCCCCCUCCCCAUAAAGGAAAGAUUUGUUCCCAAGAAAUUUUCAACUGCACCAUGGAAGCUAUGUAAUUAUAAACUGAUUUAAAGAUCCCAAAUAAAUCACAUGCAAUGGGUAGAUGCCAUUUUUGUUUACUGGAGCUAAUCUUUAGAAAAGCCCAGAUAGGGAAGCGUCAAUGCUGGACAAAAGUUAGGAGACAUUUACUGUUACUGUCAUUGAUGGCAAAAACAACCAACCCCCGUCCCCCAAUGACAAUGUUUAUGUUGAUUUUUAGGUUUUCUGGCUUCCACAAUCUGCUUCCAUUACGAACUACAAACAUUGACGUUGGGGGUGGGGGGGGGAUACUACUGGUUUCAAUGGCAAAUACGCAAAAAUUCAUUUAUAAAAAAUAGUCUCAUAACCUUCGGUCUACGAUACCUUAUUCAAGGUCUAGAAUACCCUCUCUUUGUAAGAAGAUACCCUCUUUUAUUUAAAAAAUACUUAGCUUUAAAUAUUUUCGUUUCGAUACUAUAUUUCAGACUUGAUAUAUGAAGAGAAAAGGAAAAGAAAAGGUUUCGAAUACUGCAUUGGUAGGGUAAGAUAAUGAUGGGAGAGAUCGGAUAUUCCUGUUAUUUUAGAUGCAUUGUCUUAUUUUGGAUUGUAGACAACCAGCAUUGCUGUAUGGGGCCGUCCACGCAUCUUAAUAUGAUGAUAAUGUUAUAUGAAAUCGCCCUUACAAAAUGCAGUUAUCCCACAGGCAAUACCUGCCAGUCAGUUGCUGCGAAGCAGCAACGGUUGAUCUUGCGUAUUGCAAUUAUGACGUCAAAUAAAUCAUUCGUCUGGUAUUUGAUUGCAUACAUAGCAAAUCUCCUCACAUUCGUUUCUUGUUCGAUUGCUGAAAGGAUUAUUUGUGAGUUUUUUCGGAAAAUCGUACGUGCCCACUAGAGCAUAUCUAGUAUUUUUUCAAUUUCGCGCUAGAAAAAUUAUCUCUAGUGUAAUUGACGCCAUGAGGCGCUCAAGUCGCGAAGAGGAACUAGUUCCUAUGCGGAGCAUUGAAGCCGAAGAAGGCAGACGCCUGCCUUCGACUUCUUCUUCAAGUUUCUCUAGCCAGAAAGACAUUCGAAGAAAGAAGUCUGUUCGCUUUUGUGAUUCAGUAUCCAAACUUGACGAUCUGCAGGGGAUAAUGCAGAAAUUCCAGCACGUUUUGGGUGAUAUCAAAUGGCUGGAAUCGACUCUCGAGUCUUUAGAAGCACCUCUGCGUGCCAAUGGAUCUGGCACUGAAAAGCUGCUUUUGGAAUCUAUGGUUGAUGUCAGGAAGCUGGAGCAGGCUAUUGCCAAAAAAAGUGAUGAAGCUGUUUGGGAGAAUAUUCGCAAUGAAGAGAUGAAAGUGCGUUGCGAUGACACCGAGUUGAUGGGAAAUAUAGAACCUUUGAUCAGCUCCUUCACUAUGGAAAGCUUCGAAGCAUACCUGCGUGAGAUGGAACAUAGAAGAGAGCGGUUGAUAGCAAGCGUGAGUAAGCUCGAGCUCAUUUUAUUGGAAGACAAGGAGCUAAGAGAAUUUGCUGCAAGACGCUCUUCAGGGGCUGAAAAGCAGGUUGCCAGCCAGAGGUUGAGAGAGGAGAAGGACACUGCCAUUGCUAGUGAUGAUUUGUCUUCGAAGUCAAGCAGUGAAGAGUGGAUAUGUAGCAAUGAUGCCUGUAACCAAAGUCAAGAGCCAAGUGUGGAACUGUCUACGGAUGGCAGUGAUGCACUAAUGGGAGAGAGUCACAAAAUGGAAGCUGCUAAUGCUCCUGAAGAUGGCCAGAAACAGGUUCUAAUGGAAGUGACAAAAGCCAAAGUGUCUCAAGCACAGGAGGUGCAAGCCGAGAGCAAGAUGCCAGCCCAAGAUUUUGAGUUGCAGCAAAGCAUGAAAAGAAAACUGGUGCUGGAACUGAAAGAGGUGCUUGGAGACAUAUUCUAUUUGGAAGCCAGGCAGACCAAAUUGGAAGUUCCAUACCUAAGAAAGGUUUUUCCAUCGAAGGAAUCACUUGUCGAGUCACUUCUUCUGCUAAAGAUACGCGCCCAGAUACGUCUGCGGAGAAAAGAGAAAGCCCUAAUGCAAAAGUUGAUUCGUGAAGAAAAGGAGGAAACCCCAUGCCAAGGUGUAUCCCCCUCUGCCAACAAAAGAGUGAGAUAUCUCCAGUUAGCCUAUAAAAGAAAGCUGGAGAGAAGAGAGUUUCUACGAAGAAGUGUCCGUAGAUUGGAACUCUACCAGUUGCCAUCAAAGCAAGCAGAGAUUUUGCCAAAACCUGAAAGCCAAGAAAAGGGCCUGCUUGAUAAUGAAAAGGUUAUGUCUGUGGAACCAGUAUGUGACCGAGGACAAUUGGCCAUGCCAGAUAGUUUGGAGAUUGCGAAGAAUGGUGAAGAUCUACCAGAUAUCACCGCAGUACCGAACGGUGAAGAGUGUAAUAAAGAUGUACGCCUUCGUUUAACGGAUUUUGAAAGACGUGGCACUGCUCGUCAAGAGAGAAUGUCCCGCAGAAACCGCAAGGCCAACAGAAGUGACAAGGAUGGUGCACUUGUGGCUGUACAACGCUCUAAGAGUGAAAUAUUAUUCUCUCAUGCCCCUGUUGCAAGCUCUAGUGUCAUAAUGCCAUUUAACGAUGCUCCAGAACGGGAACCACCAUGCUGUCAUGGACCAGAGUGUCUCUUGCAGUUUGGAGAUUUUGAUCCUAUAUGUACCAAGAAGGACCCUCUGCUGUUUGUGGGGGAGUUCAGGAUUCCUGCAGAAGACUGGGAUGCAGAAUGCAGUUUAUCCAAUGGUAACGCAGUCAACAGUGCAUUGAUCCCUGAAGUUGGUGCAGAGAAUGGCCAUCCUGAUGAUGGUGAUGUUGUAGCCAACGAUAGUGCUGCCAACGCAGGGUCAGGGACUGGUAAUGGCACAAUAAUUGCGCCAGAGGGAGCAAGUGUCCUUGAUCUUUCAAGAAAUGCUGCUGCAGAGAAGGAAGUUUCACGUGACAAUGAGGUACAUGGCAGUACAAGUGAUACUGGAGCAGCAAGUGAGAGGGCAAGUGCCAAAAAGCUAGAUGCUGCCAAAGUGAAUUCGACAAGUGCUGUUGAUAUAGCUAAUGGGAGCAUCAAUUCUAAUGCCAAUCAGGUAUCAACACGGCUGUUGUCUCCCGUUGCUGCCUCCGUUGAUGCGGAGUUGGCAGACCUUGAAAAUUGUGAGCUGCCAAGAAUUGCAAACUGGGCUGAUCACGUAGAAGAGAAUGAAAUUACCAACAACGAGCCACAUGUUUUGCCAGCAGUUCCAGACAGGACAUCACCAAUCCUGAUUUGAAGCCACCUUAAUGUUAUGGCAAAGAUUUCAUGGCUGAUUCAUUCAAUUUUGAGGACAUUAUGAAUAGUUGUGAUUGCUGUAUUUAUUUAGUUAUGAUUUUUGUUAAUGUAUAUUUGAUCAGUUCAAAUUGACUCUAUUUUUCUGCAUUCUCUGCCAUUGUUCCACUGGUAGGCUCAAUCACUCUAAUAAGAGUCUGGAUUUUAACCAGGGAUUGUUGGUUUUUUCAAUUAUGCCUCACCAAGUGGUUUAACAAAUGCAUGAAGUUUACAUUAGGCUAUUACGUUCAUGUUCUAAGCUAGAUAUACCAGAGGGUGUUGCAAAAGGGAUUAGAAGUGUCAAAAAUUAACUUCCUUUUUAUAACUUGUAUUGCUAAUAACAAAAAUAUGUGACAUUUCACAAAUUGAAUGUCUUGAUACGAGUGAUGGCUACAACUGACACGAGUUGAGAGCUGGUAGAGAUGGCACCUACGUCAUAACUAAUUGUAGCCAUACUAUAUGGUGAUUGAAAACUUAUCCAGUCUGUGAUCCUCGCCUCCCUCUGCUCCUGUUCUCUAUCUAGGGGUUUUCGUGUUCUCAAAUUUCGGCUUUGUUUUAGGUUCACCCCGUCUCCAUGAUAGGGAACAGUAGUGAAUUGAAACACUUAUUCCAUUCUAACCGUUAUUUUUUCACGUAAAUCUGGCUGUCGUGGAAAAUCGGCAUGGUCACUUUUUUGUUAAAAUGUAAAUGAAAAAAUUGGUUGUUUCUUUUGCACCUGUCAUAACAAAAUUUUGAACAAAAUUUGAGUUUCAUCUACAUAGACUUGAGCCUUUUUUACGAAUGAAAAGAUAAAACUCGGUUUUAGAAUAGAACUCGGUCAUUGGUCAUUAUCUGUGUCUGUGGAUUAUACUUUGUCUGUGUUCACUGUGUUCACAUUUAGGCCCUACAUUGACAGAUUUGUUU